AUGGCGGCAAGUGGGAACAAUCGUUCUAUGGAGUCGCGGACGGGGAGGAGUAACCAGAGAUACAACUCGAAAGGCGAGCGCCUAGUCGCCGGCGUGGUGCCAUUGACCGAGGACAAGACGUACGUGAUGCUGAUUCAGUCGACAAGGCGCAAGGGUUGGGUGCUGCCCAAGGGCGGCUGGGAGACGGACGAGGAGUGCCACGAAGCCGCGGCCCGCGAGGCGUGGGAGGAGGCGGGCAUCUUUGUGCAGAUCGACUACGACCUGGGCGACAUCCAGGAGACGAGCCCGCGCAAAAAGGCAUCGUCAUCGUCGUCGUCUUCCUCGAGCUCGUCGUCCAAGAGCAAGGACUCAUCGCACAAGGACGGCAAGGACACGUCAAAGGACAAGCAGCGCUCGCUGUACCGCUUUUACGAGGUCACCGUCACGAGCGAGGAGCAGGACUGGCCCGAGCGCGAGAAGCGCGAGCGCAAGUGGUUCACGUUUGCCGAGGCCAAGGAGCUGCUCAAAGACCGGCCCGAGCUGCAGACGGCGCUGGAGCGCUCGACCAUGAAGAGGUAG